UUUGCACGAAACUUGGUGCCAGGUAAAGACUGCACUAACCUUUCUUAGUAAAUUAAUAAGGUAACAAGAGAAAAUGGUAAAAUUUUGUUUCCUUCUCAAAGGAUUAAUUUAUAGUUGUCAUGAUUUUUUUUGUUUUUUUUUUUUGGUUCCUAACUAAUGUCUUUCUGUUCCAAGCAGGAGUAUAAUAUGGAUUCAGAGCUCAAGGAUUAUUAUAACAAAACAUUUGCUGGUGAGAACAAUACUGCUGCUCUUCAGAACUCUGAUUUCCCAGUCUGGGAUGACUAUAAAAGCAGUGUUGAUGACUUGCAGUAUUUUUUGAUUGGACUCUAUACACUUGUAAGUCUUCUUGGUUUUAUGGGGAAUCUACUUAUUUUGAUGGCUCUCAUGAGGAAGCGAAAUCAGAAGACUACAGUCAACUUCCUCAUAGGGAACCUGGCCUUCUCUGAUAUCUUGGUUGUGCUGUUUUGCUCACCUUUCACACUGACCUCGGUCUUGCUGGAUCAGUGGAUGUUUGGCAGGGUCAUGUGUCACAUUAUGCCUUUCCUUCAAUGUGUGACGGUUCUGGUUUCCACUUUAAUUUUAAUAUCCAUCGCCAUUGUCAGGUAUCAUAUGAUAAAACAUCCUGUAUCUAAUCAUUUAACGGCUAACCAUGGCUAUUUCCUGAUCGCCACUGUCUGGACACUGGGUUUUGCAAUGUGUUCUCCUCUCCCAGUGUUUCACAGCCUCGUGGAACUUCAGGAGACCUUUGGCUCGGCAUUGCUGAGCAACAGGUAUCUAUGUGUCGAGUCAUGGCCAUCUGAUGCAUAUCGAAUUGCUUUCACUAUCUGUUUAUUGCUUGUUCAGUAUAUUCUGCCCUUAGUCUGUCUAACUGUAAGUCAUACUAGUGUCUGCAGGAGUAUAAGCUGUGGAUUGUCCAACAAAGAAAACCAACUGGAAGAAAAGGAGAUGAUCAACUUAACUCUCCAUCCUUCCCAAAAGAGUGGGCCCCAAGUGAAGCUCCCCAGCAGCCAGAAGUGGAGCUACUCAUUCAUCAGGAAGCACAGAAGGCGGUACAGCAAGAAGACGGCCUGUGUGCUGCCCGCCCCAGCCAGGCCGCCUCUGGAGAACCGCCCCGGAAGGCUUCUGGAGCACGCGGGCUCCAGGAAGAGUCCGCUCCCUUCAUCCAGUAAGUUCGUACCAGGGGUGCCCACCUGCUUUGAGGUGAGACCGGAAGAAAACUCAGAUGUUCAUGAAAUGAGAGUAAACCAGUCUAUCAUGAGAAUUAAAAAGAGAUCUCGAAGCGUUUUCUACAGGCUGACUAUCUUGAUACUAGUGUUUGCGGUGAGCUGGAUGCCUCUACACCUUUUCCACGUGGUGACCGAUUUUAAUGAUAACCUGAUCUCAAACAGACAUUUCAAGUUGGUGUAUUGCAUAUGUCACUUGCUAGGCAUGAUGUCCUGUUGUCUUAAUCCAAUUCUGUAUGGAUUUCUUAAUAAUGGAAUCAAAGCUGACUUAAGGUCUCUUAUACACUGUCUGCAUAUGUCAUAAUUCUCAGCGUUUACUAAGGAGAAAAAAAGUGUGGUGAUCACCUAAAAUAUAUUCAUAGUAACUAUGUAUUUAAAAUCAACAAAUUCUGUUAACAUGUGGAGUUUAUGUAAAAGGGCUGUGGAUUUGGAUGUCAGUUCAUAAUAUAUAGAAGAUAAUCUUAACGUGCUAUGUAAGAUAAAUUCAUUUAGUUGUGUAAAGUCGUUGUCAAUCCAGUCUGUAAUUUCAUUUUAAAGAGUAGUUAUAUUACCUUCUAUUUCAGCUUGUCUGUAAACUAAUG